AUGGAAAUUAUAUUUUGAUGGGGCAGUCAAUGUCAAAGGAGUAGGAAUUGGGGCAGUUCUUGUCUCACCGACCGGGCAUCAUCAUCCCGCCACAGCACGACUUCGUUUCUUUUGUACUAAUAACACAGCAGAAUAUGAAGCUUGCAUCAUGGGGUUAAAUAUGGCAAUAAAUCUGGAUGUGCACAAGCUAAUGGUGUUGGGAGAUUCCGAAUUACUAAUUCGACAAAUUCAAAGUGAAUGGGAAACGAGAGAUAUCAAGCUCAUUCCUUACAAACAGUUCGUAGAGGACCUUAGCAAAAGUUUUGAGUCUAUCGAGUUUAGAUAUAUUCCCAGAUCCCAUAAUGAGCUGGCUGAUGCCCUGGCUACCCUAGCUUCCAUGCUUCCGUACCCAGGAAAUACGCAUCUCGACCCAUUAGAGAUACAAAUACGAGAUCAACAUGGUUAUUGCAAUAUAAUUGAAGCAGAACCAGAUAAUGAACCUUGGUACUAUGAUAUCAAACGCUUCCUAAGGUCAAAAGAAUAUCCAAUACAGGCCAAAGCAGAUCAAAAAAGAACCAUUAGGAGACUUGCUAAUGGUUUCUUCUUAAGUGGGGAGAUUCUGUACAAACGAACCCCAGACUUGAACCUGUUGAGAUGUAUUAAUAUUCAGGAAGCUGAAAGAAUCAUGAAUGAGGUACAUUCGGGGGUGUGCGGUUCGCAUAUGAAUGGCUAUGUUUUAGCGAAGAAGAUCAUGCGG